GUGCUCGGACAACUCGUGCAAGUCUGUUUGUCUAUCGUCUCUCGCAUUUAUUUGUUGCACGCGUUGAUUAACCAUGUUUGCUCUUGUGAGAUUUGUGGAAGAGAAAACGGACAAGCGCUACGUCAUUCCAGUAGCUGACGUCGCGAACUUCGAGCCACAAAAUGAACUCGACUUUGACAAUACGAUGCCCUAUGAUGCGUAUUGGCAUGACGAGGACGACGAUGUAAACAGCGGCAUGUACGUCGUACAGAUCCUCAAGCUCGCAGCCACAAGGGAGGAAAUGGACAGGGAGACCAAAAAUAAAAGAGUGCAUAUUCCGCCUAUAAGGUAUUCGGAUGUGGACGACCUGCCCGUGCCAGAAGGGGACAUUGCCACAAAAAAGAAAGCCAUUAGACAACAGGAAAAAGCAAAGCAACAGAAUCAGGCAACAGCAAGGAAGCAGCAGUAUGAGUCUGUGCUGCGACAACACAUGAAAAAUGCACUGGGGAAGAAUCGCGAUGUUGCCGAGGUUGUACGCGAUGCAAAGGCUACUGCACCGACAUUGCGCACCUCCACCAAUUCAUCACGAGGAUCCCAGAGCAGAAGGAACAACGAGGAAAGCAGUGACUCAUCGACGGAUGAGUCACUUGUGUCAUCGAAAGACCUUAAAGCUGCUCGCAAGGAUGCGAAAUAUUGGAGAAUGCAGUGUCGCAGAGAGCGUGAGCACAAUGCCUCGUUAGAAAAAAGAAUUGAAUUUCUGGAGAAACACAUAGAGAAGCGACUGGACAGUGGUAAGAAUCUUUUUUUUUGUCAAUUGUAUAUGCUAUCUGAUAAUACCCAUGCUUUCUUAGUUCUGCAGAUACUUCAAAAGCAGAAACCUUGCGAGGGACAUAAUGGUGUGAGCCAGCAGACGCCUACAGCAGUAGUAGUGCCACAGGCACAAAAGAAAGAUUAUCAAGCGGCUACUGGCUGCAUGAGCCAGAAGCAAAUAAAAGCGCCAUUGACACCUGCCACUGCACAGCCCCUACAAGUAACCACUUCCGUCAACGAUGGUGAAUCUACAGCACGAGCUGUCCUUGAAGAGGAUCCCAUCAGCAAUGAACAGCCGCAAGUUGGGGAUUUUAUGGCCACACCCGAUGGACGUUUCCACUUGUCCAGUGGCAUUUUCAUCACUGCUAUAGCCAAGCAGACAAACUGUUUAAGAAUAAGAAGCCAACUAUUCUCGUAAGAGAUGCUGCCCAAGUAAUUUGGGGAAGUGAGUUGGCCAAGAGAAGUGUGAGUGGCAGGCUAGCGCCAACAAAAAGUGGCACCAACGAACAGCCAGCAAAACAGCUGACACCUGCAAAGGUGAAUGUUAUUUAUGAUUGUCUGCGUCAUUGGGGCCGCGUCAACGAUGUCGACACCAGGGAUGCAGAGCACGCUGUGCCGAGGACAUUAAGCGAAAAAAUUCAAGACGUCAAAAGGAAACUGCGUCUUUAGUGCACUAUAAGAGGCGGAGCUGCAA